AUACGAGCUACCACUCCAACCACCAUGUAAAGGUUCCGUAUUGAUUCCUACUUCCUUCCAUUAUAAAUAGACACCACUUUCUUGCUAUUUUUCUCAUCCUUCACUACCAAAUAUCACAUUUCAAUUCUUCUUGAGUUCAGUACAAUGGAUUCCAGAAAAGCAAUGCUCAUUCUUGGCCUAUUGGCCAUGGUUCUUCUUAUUUCAUCAGAGGUGUCAGCUAGGGAAUUAACUGAGGAGGUUGUUGAAAAGUCAAAUGAAGUAAAUGAUGCUAAAUAUGGAGGUUAUGGACGUGGUGGUGGUUACCAUAAUGGAGGUGGUUACCACAAUGGUGGAGGAGGAUACAAUGGCGGUGGCGGAUACCACAAUGGUGGAGGAGGAUACAAUGGCGGUGGCGGUUACCACAAUGGUGGAGGUGGUUACCAUAAUGGUGGAGGUGGUUACAAUGGCGGUGGAGGUUACCAUAAUGGUGGUGGUGGUUACCAUGGUGGAGGUGGACACGGUGGACAUGGUGGUGCUUCCAACAACGGUAACUGAUAAUAUCAACAUUCUCAGUAAUAAAUAUCAUGAAUUAAUAAUGUUGGAUGUUGAAAAAAAAAGAGAGGUAUAGAUAGACAUGAAUCUUUUAUGGUUAUGUAUUAUCUAUCUUGCAACUCUUUAGUAUAGUUAUUUCUCAACUCUAUAAAUCACUAUGUAUAUGUGAUGGAUGAUGAGUUUUAUUUUGUACCAAAGUGUUGAAUGUUCUAUCAUGUGUAAUAUAUCAAAUUUCAUCUUUA